AAAGCAUCGAGACGGGUCUGCGACACUACGUACCCACCUAGCCGCGUGUUCCUUUGCACCGCGCGCGCAGUCUCUAGUAAACAUGGAUCCGGCGGGUCUGCUACACGGCGACGUGCUCGCGAACGUCCUCGGGCGCCUGAUGCCGCGCAGCCUGGCCGCCUGCCGCUCCGUCUGCAAGGCCUGGUGCAACGUCGUUGACGCCCAUGGCCUGCUGCGCAAGGACCUCCUGCCGCUCUCCCUGGCCGGCAUCUUCGUGGUCUACGGCUUCGUUGACGACAUGCACUUGCCGCCGGCGUUCCUCUCGCGUCCCUCCUUCGUGGGCAAGAUCCAAGGUAACCUCGGCUACCUCGACGACGUCCACGACAGCUGGUCCCACAUGACGGGCCACUGCAACGGCCUCCUCCUCCUCUGGGGAGGCGUGGCCAAUCCGGCCACACGACAGUGGGUUAGUCUACCUCACCCUGAUUGGAUCGGGAUCAAGGGCUUCGUCGAGCGCGACUGGCUCGCGUUCGAUCCUACGGUCUCGCCGCACUUUGAGGUGUUCUCCAUGCAGUGUGUUAGCCGCAGGUACGAGAACCAGGCUGAGUUGGUCCCAGCGAACCCAAACUCAGAGUGGCCUCCGUCGCCCUACAUUAUCAGCGCAUUCUCGUCAGAGACAUGGAGAUGGGAGCAGAGAUCUUUUGUCAGGGAAGGGACGGCUCCACGGUCCAUCGACCCCAAGCUACUGCCUCUCAUGAAAGACGUCUCCUCUCAUGACGCUGUGUAUUGGCGAGGCCGGCUCUAUGUGUACAACAUAUUUUUUAUCAUCAGAUUGGAUUUAGAGGAUAAUAAGUACCGAGUAAUUCAACUUCCUCCGACGAUUAAUGAAGCACCCGAGGAUAUUUUGCCCCAUUUGGGGAAAUCAGAGAAGGGUGUUUACUACGGGUUCACCCACAGUAAUUGGUGCAACUUUCAGGUUUGGUUCCUCAAUGAAUCAAUUGAUCACACCGAGUGGAUGUUGAAGCUUGAGAUCGACCUUAAGCCGUUGCUAGAAAAUUUUCCUUGGGAGCACAGUCAUGGCUCUUGGUUCGUACAAGGUGUGAGGGAUUACGAUGAUGAAACACUAGACGAAGAGAUAGCGUUUUUCUCUAAUUAUAUUACUAGUAUACUUGGAUUUCAUCCUUACAAGGAGAUAAUCUUUUUGCGAACGUCGCACAUGAGGGCAAUAGCCUACCAUCUUAGUAGCUCCAAGGUUGAGGAUCUGGGAUGUUUACCCUUAGCUGGUGAUGAUUCGAUAAAGGCGUCUUUUGUAUACACGCCUUGCUGGAUGGAGAAUUGCUUGAUAGCAAAUACUGAGCUCUAGCAGUUACUACUUUAAUGUUUUACUAGGUCAUGGAUGGCACGCGUUGUUGUGCCCGUCUAUUUGUAAUACUGAAUGUUACCGUUCGAUACAAAUAUAUGAAGAUAUUAAUUAUACAUAAA